CCUGGGGAGUCCCUGAGGGUCCCGAAGUGUCUCGGAGGGGUCCUGGGGAGUCCCUGGGGGUGCCGGGGGGGGUGAUUGAGGGGUCCUAGUGAUUUUCGGGGGAGGUCUCGGGGGUGCCAUGCAGUCCGACGACCUCUUCCUCCGCAAAAUGCGGGGCCCCUUGGCCCGGCCGCCCCCGUCCCCCGCCCUCCCCGUGGCGGCUGGGGGGGUCCCCUCUCCGCCCCCCUCCCCGGGGGGAGCAGCCCCCCGGCAGCGCAGCAGCAGCGAGGCGGCCCUGGGGAGGUCCCCGGAGGACGGGGGGUCCCCGGCUGGGGUCUCCCCCCGCAGCCGCACCCAAAGCCACGAAGAGGCUGCGGGGGGGUCCAGCCCCACGUCCCCCCGCUUCCGCGACCCUCUGCUGCUGCUGGGGCUGGCGGCGGGCGGGGGGGACCCCGAUUUCUUCCCCCGCCCACCCUGGAGCCCCCUCCUCGCCCAUUACGAUGUUCAGAGCAUCCUCUUCGAUCCCACCGAGCCCCCCCCGGGCCCUCCCGGCCUCAUCUCGGGGGCUUCUGCCGCUCACCUGGAGCCCGAGGAGCCCCCCGGGGCCCCCCGCGCCGCCCCCGGCCCCGAGGCGCUGGUGCUGAGCUGCCCCCGCUUCUGCUGCGAGACCGGGGGAGAGCAGGAGCCGGGGCUGGGGUCCCGCCGGGGCCCCCCCGGGCCCGGGCAGCUCCCGAAUGCGGCGGUGGCGGUGCUGGAGGAGCCCCCGGCGGGGGCGCGACCCCCGCACCCCAUCGAGCACAGCGAUGAGGGCGCGGAGUAUUACCGCAAAUAUUUCUAUGGGAAAGAGCACCACAACCUGCUGGGUGAGGACCCCCGGCUGGGGCCCGUGGCCGUGUCCCUGCGGCGGGAGGAGAAGGAGGGAGCCCGGCCCCAGGUGCUGCACAGAAUCAUCCUACGCACCUGCCAGCUGCGGACGUUGCGGGGGUCGGUGCUGGAGGAGGCGCUGCCCCCCGGCUGCCGCCCCCCCGGGGCACGGGGGGUCCCCCCGCGGAAGCUUCUGGAGCUGCUGCUGCCGGGGCUGGCGGUGGGGGGGCUGCGCCUCGCCCCCUCCCCCGCCGUGCAGGAGACCCUCCUCAAGCUGGACGAGCAGGGGGUGAGCCGGCAGCGCAAGGUGGGGGUGCUGUACUGCCGGGCGGGGCAGGGCUCGGAGGAGGAGAUGUACAACAACGAGGGGCCCGGAGCCGCCUUCGAGCAGUUCCUGACCCUGCUGGGCACCCGCGUGAGGCUGCGGGGCUUCGGUGGCUACCGGGCACAGCUGGACACCCGCACCGACUCCACGGGGACGCACUCGCUGUACACGACGUACCACGGCUACGAGGUGAUGUUCCACGUCAGCACCAUGCUGCCCUUCACCCCCCGCAACCCUCAGCAGCUGCUGCGGAAGCGCCAUAUCGGGAACGAUAUCGUGACAAUCGUGUUCCAGGAGCCGGGGGCUCUCCCCUUCUCCCCCCGCGCCCUGCGCAGCCACUUCCAGCACGUUUUCCUCGUGGUGCGGGUGCACGAGCCCUGCACCCCAAAAACCUCCUACAGCGUGGCCGUGGUGCGGCCGGAGGAGACCCCCCCGUUCGGGCCGGCUCUGGAGGCCGGGCAGCGAUUUUUGGGGGGCUCGGGGCUGCGCCCCUUCCUGCUGGCCAAAGCCAUCAACGGCGAGAACGCCGCGGCCCGGGGGGGUCGCCUGGGGGCCAUGGCAGCCCGGACCCGCCGCCAGUACCUGCAGGAGCUGCUGCGAGCCCACGGCGGGGGGACCCCGCUCCCCGCGCCCCCCCGGGGGCUCCCCACUCUCGGGGGGCUCCGCCGGGGCGGUUCCGGUUCGGGAGGUUCGGGAGGUUCUGGCGGCGGGGGAGGGGCGGCGGUGGUGGCGGGGGCGUUGGUUUGGGGGGCGCGGGCAGAGGGGGGGCCCGGGGGGGUCGAGCUGCCGUGUCUGCUCGGGGUGGCCGCCGAGAGGCUCGUGGUGGUCGCCGCGCCCCCCGGGGCGGUCGUGUUCAGCUGCGCCUGCCGGGACGUGCUGGGCUGGGGCUUCUCCGAGGGGCGCCUGGAGAUUUUCCAUGGGGCGGGCGAGUGGCUCGGGCUGCGGCUGCCCCACGGCGCUGCCCCACAGGUGGUGGCCAGGCUGCAGGCGGUGACACGGGGGUGCGAGGCUCAGGAGCUGGCGCUGCCCCGGGGGGCCGGGGGUCGCCGGGGGUUCCGCGUGGACCCCUCGGGGGUGGUGACGGCCGUGACCCGCUUCUCGUUCGCCGAGACCGCGGGGCUGCGGCCGGGGGCGCGGCUGCUGCGGGUGGGGCGCUGCCCCCUCCCCCGGGGGGACCCCCGGAGGCUGCGGGCGCUGCUCCGGCGACCCUCGGGACCCCUGACCCUGCUGCCCCCCGACCGCGACGGGCGGCCCCGGCGGAGUUUCUCGGAGCUCUACGCCCGCUCUCUGGAGCAGGGCCGGGGUUCGGGGGGGGACCCCGGCCCUGGGGACCCCGGCGGUGACAUCGGCGACACCGACAGCGACUCGGGGGGCGACAGCGACGCGGGGGAGGCCGGGGGGGGUCCGGGGGGGCUGUCCCCCGACACCCUGAGGCUCCUGCAAGCGCUGGCGCUGGAUGAGGAGAGCACCCCCUUCCCCCCCGGCCCCUCCAGCCCGGAGACCCCCAAGGAGCCGAGCGGCCGCGCCCCCAUGCUGUCGGGGGCUGGGGACCCCCAAGAGGACGAGUGGGACGUCAUCGCCUGCCUGGCCACUGCCUGCAGCGGGGUCCUGGAGGCCAUCGCCCGGGGGGGGCAUCAACUCCGGGAGCUCCCCAAUGUGGGGGUCCAGCAGAGCCCGUCGACCCCCGAGGAUGAGUCCCAGAGCCUCUCGGAGAAGGUGGCGCAGUUGGAGGCGGCGUUGAAGCGGCUGCAGGACGAUCUGCAGGAGGGACACCCGGGCAGCGGCGGGGCCAUGGCGGGGCUGAAAACGGCGAGCGGGGAGGAGAUCGACGGCUCCUUCGAGCUGCGGGUGGAGGUGGAGGAGGGCGAGGAUGGAGGUUCCGUGGGGCAGCCCCACGUCCUCACCCUCUGCGUCACCGGGGAGCUGCACAUCGGGGCCCUCACGCGUCGCAUCGCGGAGACCUUCGACGAAGCCCCUCCCCCCGCGCUGCCCCCCGAGCUGCUCCAGCCCUUGAGGGUCCCCAAAUUUGGGGCUCGGGACCCCCCGGGACCCUCCCGGAGCCCCCCCGGGAACGCCCUGGCCCGGCGGGCGCGGCUGCACGCGCGGUGGUUGGAUGUGGGGCGGUCGCUGAUGGAACAGGGCGUGGCCGAGGAUGAGGAGCUGCUGCUGCUCUUCAAAUACCCCUGUGCCAUGGGGCUGGACCCACAGGACGGGCUGCGGCUGGCGCUGCUGCAGGAGCAGGCGCUGGGGGCUCUCCUGGCCGAGGACAUCGACUGCACCGAGGAGCAGGGGAUGCUCUUUGCUGCCCUCCAGUACCAGAUAGAGGGGCCAGAGUGGGGGGAUGGGGGGGACCCCCGGGACCCCCCCGAGCCCCAGGACCUGGACACGGCCCUGGACAAACUGGAGCUGAGCCUGGGGGGCAGCGGGACCCCCGGGGCAGUGGAGGAGCUCGGAGCCCCCCCUGAGCUGGAGGAGGAGCUGGAGAUCCACAGGCCCUCGCCGUGGCCGUUCCGGGGGUCCCGCCCCACCCGGGCUCUGCUCUCGGGGUCGUCGCUGUCGCUCUGGACCCCCCCAGGCUCGGGGGGCACCCGAGAGCAGCUGAACCUCCGUGGCUGUGAGGUGACCCCCGAGGUGGAUUUGGGGGCGCAGAAAUUCGGCAUCAAAAUCCGGGUUCCGACCCCCCCCAGUUCGCCCGCUGGCUCUUUCACCCAGCGGCUCCUGGAGGUUUUGCACCGGGUGGGGCCCCUGAGCCCCCCCCAGGCCCGGCUGCGCUUCGUGGAGACCUGGAGGGCUCUGCCCGGCUUCGGACUGGGACACUUCGUGUUCACCCAGCGGCUCCUGGAGGUUUUGCACCGGGUGGGGCCCCUGAGCCCCCCCCAGGCCCGGCUGCGCUUCGUGGAGACCUGGAGGGCUCUGCCCGGCUUCGGACUGGGACACUUCGUGGUCAGGUUUCGGGGUGCAGCGCACCAGGAGGUUUUGGCCGUGGGGCCCUCGCGGCUGCUCCGGAUCGAGCUCGGCUCCGGCGCCGUCACCCGGAGCUGGAGCUACAGCGACCUGCACCAGUGGGACGUGAACUGGGACAGCCAGCAGGUGCGUCUGUGGCUGAGCGGUGACGUCACCCUGGGGCUCCAGGUGCUCUCGGCCCCCCCCCGGAUGCUGCACCAGUUUUUGGGGGGGUACCUGGCCCUGGCGGGGGGGUCCCGGGACCCCCGGGAGCUGCAGAGGCUCAUGGAGGGGGGGUACGACCCCUGAGCCCCCUCCCCAAAAAUGUCACCCCCCACCCUCGCAAGGCUGAACACGA